UGAUGCUUGCUGUUGGGAGAGAUAGUAACAACCAAAUAUACCUCAUUGCAAUGGCAGUUGUGAAAUCUGAGCUGAAGGACAGUUGGACUUGGUUUCUUGAACUUCUCACAGAUGUCAUUGGCAAGCCCAAGGAUAAAGGAUGGAUUUUUAUUUUUGAUAGACAAAAGAGACUUACAGAGUCUAUGGAUCUGUUAUUCCCUGGUGUGGAGCACAGGUAUCACAUGAGACAUAUGUACUCCAACUUCCAGAAAGUGCAUAAAGGGAAGGAGUUGAAGGACCUUAUAUGGGGGCAGCAAGUGCUUACACUGGACCUAAGUUUCGUGCAAAGAUGAUGGAGGUAAGGGCAAUU